GAAAUAAUCGAGGGCGUUGAGUAUUUGCAUAAAAACAAAAUAUUGCAUAGAAAUCUGAGACCGUCCAAUAUAUUGUUAAAGCAAGGCGGUAUUAAUUGGGUUAAAAUUGGUGACUUUGGCAUGGCCAAGAUGCAAUUAUACCCCGAUCAAUCCAAUACACAAAGUGCCGGUGAUAAAGAUUACAGAGCGCCGGAAGUACAUGUGGGUAGUAAAUAUACUACACAGGCUGACGUGUACUCAAUUGGUUUGAUACUGGUCGAAUUAUUUCACAUUAACAUUAAUAAAUACGACACGUAUAGCGAAUUAAAGGGUAUAAUCGGGCAAAUGUUGAGCGGUGUAUCCGGACAGCGGCCCACGUGUUCAGAUAUUUUAAAUCAAAUUCGAGCGCCACCUAUAGUGUAUGAUAAGGAUCAAGUUCAGGCUGACACAAAUGGCCUAGCUCAACUUGAUAAAAAUGAUUACUUAAAAGCGUAUUACACGCAUAAAAUUAACGCAUAA